AUGGCUGAUUCUAAUUUGCUUUUACCACCAGAUGAUUACUGUUCACUGUGUGUGGACACAUUGAGAGACCCGGUCACCAUCCCCUGUGGUGACACCUACUGCCUGGAGUGCAUCAAGAUCUACUGGGACCAGGUCGACCACACGGGUGUGUAUAGCUGCCCACAGUGCCGCGCAACCUUCACACCACGGCCAAAGCUGAGACGCAAUCUGCCCGACGUGAAACACGAGCAACGGCGCCAGCCCCCGGAGCUCACUCCUUUUCCCUACAUGCACCGUGAAUCAUUUUGCGAUUUCUGCAUCGGCCAUCGCAAAAAGGCUGUUAAGUCAUGCCUCAUGUGCCUGGCCUACUACUGCGAAACACACGUCAAGCCACAUUAUGAGUCGUCCACCUUUAAGAGACACAAGCUGGUGGAUGAGACGGGCCACCUGGAUAGGAAGAUCUGUCACCAGCAUGAGAAAGGCCUGGAGCUGUUCUGUCGCUCUGACCAGAUGUGCAUCUGUGUGCUGUGCACUGUCAGAGAGCAUCGCGGCCACAAAAUAACUUCAGCAGAAGAAGAACGCAUUGAAAAACAAAAAGUCCUAGUGGUCACCCAGACUGAAGUCCAGUACAUCAUUCAGGAGAGGAUGAAGGAGCUGCAGGAGCUUAAACAUAAUGUGGAUGUUCUCAAAAGUGGUGCUCAGCGAGCACAGGCAGAAAGUGAUAAGACAUUCCACGAAAUGCUACAGGCGGUGGAGCGCUGGAAGGCUGAAAUCCAUCAGAUGAUAAUGGCCAACAUGCAGGCAGCGAUGUCGCAGGCUGAGGGCUACGUGGACCGCCUGCAGCAGGAGAUCCUGGAGCUACAGCGCAGAGAUGCAGAGCUACGGCAGAUCCUCGAAACAGAGGACAACAUUCACUUUCUGCAGAAUUUCCCGAGCCUGUGCAUUGCUCCUGAAGCCAUGGUGCCUAAAGUGCUAAUCAACCCUCAGUUCUCCUUUGGAGAGAUAAGCAAGACGGCCACAGAGAUGAAGGAACAUCUGGACAAUAUCUGUAAGAAGGAAUUGAGCGAAAUCUCCAAGAGAGUCAGUGAAACCCCUGUGUACAUACUUUUGCCAAGAAAUGGAGACGAAAGACUCAAAGUUCCUUCCAGAGUUGAUUUUCAGGAGCCAAAAUCCAGGACAGACUUCUUAAGAUACUCCUGCAAGAUGUCCUUCGAUCCAAACACAGUCUAUAAAGAGCUGGUCCUGUCGGGUGGGAACCAGAGGGUCACACGUAAGAAAACAGUCCAGUUUUACCCAGAUCAUCCAGAACGCUUUGAUGGCUUCUCCCAGGUGCUGUGCAAGGAGCCUCUGACUGGUUUCAGAUUUUACUGGGAGGCAGAGUGGAGUGGGGAGUUUUCCAUCGGGGUGGCCUACAAGAGCAUCAGUCGCAAAGGGAAGAAUUCGCACAGCCUGCUGGGCUACAAUGACAAGUCUUGGAGUCUCCUCUGCUCAGACUCCGGCUACUCUGCCUGGCACAAUAAAGUAGAACGGGACCUUCCUGAAGCUCCCAGGGCCACAAGAAUUGGUGUGUACCUGGAUUAUGCAGGCAACACUGUGGCAUAUUACUCAAUAUCAGAGACUAUGGAGCUUAUCCACAGAUUCAAAGCUCAGUUCAGUGAGCCUUUGUAUGCUGGCUUUGGUGUGGGCUCCUCUGUUACCCUCUGCCAGCUGAAGCAGAAUCCCACGCCUUAA